CGGGCGGUGACUGACCGAGAAUAAGUCGGAGCAGCUGCUCUUCCCGACUGUCGAGUACUGUGUAAACAUCCCACCCACAAAGAGCCUUUCAUUAAUUUGCGCCCGCCGGUCCCGACGCUUUCCCGUGUGUCAAUUUGAGCCUGUGUUUUUGUUUCGUUGUUUUCUCAUCAGCCCACAAAUCAAUAACCGACAAAAUGUCCCCUCCGAUGGCUGGCGCGAAGGAGAAGGAGUCGAACCUGGCAAGGUUGUUGGGGUCCGGCUCCGCCGGUAUUGCCGAACUGGCGAUCUUCCAUCCCGUCGAUACGAUCGCGAAGCGUCUCAUGAGCAACGAGGGAAAGGUCAGCUCCCUGUCGCAGCUCAACACCGUCAUCUUCAAGGACAAGGCUAGCGCGCCAUUGGGAAGGAAGUUUGUCUCGCUUUUCCCCGGCCUCGGUUACGCCGCCGGCUACAAGGUGCUGCAGCGGGUGUACAAGUACGGCGGGCAGCCCGUGGCGCGCGACUUCCUCAGCAAACACUACGGCAAGGACUUUGAGAACGCCUUCGGCAAGAAGACCGGCAAGGCGAUCAUGCACUCGACUGCGGGAAGUCUUAUCGGCAUCGGCGAGAUCAUCCUGUUGCCGCUCGACGUGCUCAAGAUCAAGCGCCAGACCAACCCCGAGGCGUUCCGUGGUCGCGGCAUCUUCAAGAUCAUCAAGGAUGAAGGAUUCGGCCUGUACAGGGGCUGGGGCUGGACGGCGGCGCGGAACGCCCCCGGUUCUUUUGCGCUGUUCGGUGGUUCGGCCUUCGCCAAGGAGUUCCUCUUCAAGCUGCAAGACUACAACAAGGCGACGUGGUUCCAGAACCUUGUGGCGUCCAUUGCGGGCGCGUCCGCCUCGCUGGUCGUGUCGGCGCCGCUCGACGUCAUCAAGACGCGCAUCCAGAACCGCAACUUCGAGAACCCCGAGAGUGGCUUCCGCAUCCUGAGCAACAUGGCCAGGAAGGAGGGCCCCACCGCCUUCUUCAAGGGCCUCGUUCCCAAGCUCCUCAUGACCGGCCCGAAGCUCGUCUUCUCCUUCUGGCUGGCGCAGACACUCAUUCCCGCCUUCGACACGGCUUUCAGGAAGUGAGCGACGACGGGCCAUGACAGCCGUCCAUGGAACGGUUCGUUGUGUUUGAGAAAGGAGGGCGCGUUGACAGCGGGCCCUGAUGUAUAAUACAUGGCAACGGUGUGUGGUCGGAACGGAAUCUUUGUUUUCGGCGUUGUGGGGACGAGCAAAUGACAGCUCUCGAUGCGAGAGAGCGACGGCCGGCGGGUGGGAUGGAUACACUCUCGUCUAAUUGCUGUUCGGGACGCCAUACGGCUUGGGCAAGCGGUGCAUUGCCUUCUGAUUAGCGAGCGAGGGGUUUCGCCAGUCGCUUUUGUUUAAUGAGCGCGCUAGACCACUUUGUAGUAGAUAAAUUAUCAUUUCUCCCUUCUCCGUUCACCUGGGCUCGCUGCUCAGAGGUGUUCAGAGGUGUUCUGCCGC